AUGGGGAAUUUCACUAUGAAUGGGUUUCUACUGUUGGGAUUUUCUGCCAAGCUUGAGCUGGAACUCGUCCAUGCUUCCCUGUUCUUAGUCUUAUACCUGGUGGCACUAACUGGCAAUCUCCUCAUUAUCACCGCAAUUUCCAUGGACAGUAGUCUCCACUCACCCAUGUAUUUCUUCCUGAAACAUCUCUCCUUUCUGGAUCUGUGCUACAUUUCUGUGACUGUACCAAAGUCAAUUUACAACUCUUUCAUGCAUAGUGGCUACAUUUCCUUCAAGGAAUGCGUAGUGCAGUGCUAUGCUUUUACUAUCUGUGGUUCUGCUGAGCUGUCCAUGCUGACAGUGAUGUCCUAUGAUCGCUACGUGGCCAUCUGCCUUCCACUGCGCUAUGAAAUCAUCAUGGAUGCCAGUAAAUGUGUCCACAGUGUCUUAGGCGUCUGGAUCAGUGGGAUCAUUUCAGGAGCCAUGCAGACAGCUGCCACCUUCUCUAUCCACUUCUGUGGUUCCCAUAUCAUUCACCAAUACUUCUGUGACAUCCCCCAGCUCCUGAAACUCUCGUGUUCUAAUGAGUACAUCAGCGAGAUUGGGAUCAGUGACUUCUUGGCUGUUAUAGCCUUUCUUUGUGUCACCUUUAUUGGAGUGUCCUAUGCACAGAUAUUCUCUACUGUGCUGAGGAUGCCAUCUGCUGAGGGCAGAGCUAAGGCCUUUUCCACUUGCCUUCCCCACCUUGCUGUUGUCAUUUUAUUCAUUUCAACGAGCUUCUUUGAGUAUCUAAAACCGCCUUCUGACUUUCCAAGUUUACUGGACAUUAUCCUCUCUACUAUGUACACAAUAGUGCCCCCAACACUCAACCCAAUGAUCUAUAGCCUGAGAAAUCAAGCCAUGAACUCAGCUGUAAGAAAGGUUUUCCAAAGAAGGCAACCCUGA